UUCGAGAUUAGGGCGUAAUUGCUUUUGUAAACCAACACUUCAUUGACGAUUUCUCGCGAAUUAAAGCUCAAUCUCAAAAACUAAUAACACAAACAGGUAGACGAAUGGUUCUUCUAUUAUUUGGUAUAGUUCGUUUGAGAGAUUGCUCUUUUAUUUGCGAGAAAUCAGCGAUUGACAUGUUUGUUUACAAAAACAAUUACGCCCAAAUCUGAAAGUUCUCCGGAGUUGUGAGCUGCGAGAAAGAAAAAUUUUGUGGUUAUAAGAAGUGAUCCUGCGAAUCGAAAGGAAGUUUAUCUAAUUUAUCGUGAAGCAUUUAUCCCGUAGAUAUCUGCAAAACAAACACCGAAAACAACCGGAAAUGGUGAACCAUUAGUAGCUGGCGGAAAGUCCGUUGACACAUACACUGAAGGUAGAAUCGGGAGGAAACCGAGUGUGCAGUGCACUGGCCGACAAUUAGAGGAAUUUUAAUUGUUUUCGAGAGAGACCUUGAGGGAGGGUAAUAAGAAGGUUGUGGAACUGAUUUCAUCGCGAAAUGGAACCCGCAGGUGAAGUUGUAGGCCUGGCAAAUGAAUUGGCCCGGGCAGUGAAGAUAACGAUGGAUCCAGCUGCCUCGCAACAGGCUCGUAUGGAUGCCUACGUUGCCUGUGAAAGGUUUAAGGAAGUAUCACCCCUCUGUGCCCAAGCAGGGCUCUUUCUUGUCACAGGAAACUAUCCAGCUGUAGUUCGGCACUUUGGACUGCAGUUGAUGGAGCAUACGGUUAAAUUCAACUGGAAUAACAUUUCUCGACAGGAGAAGAUAUUCAUCAAAGAAAAUUCCAUGAAGUUGCUUGGCGAGGGGGUUGGAGAGGCACAGGACCAGAGCGUUUCGCACAUUAAGGAUGGCUUGUCGAGGAUCAUUGUAGAAAUGAUAAAGCGCGAGUGGCCACAGCAAUGGACGACCCUGUUGGCAGAACUUAGCGAGGCAUGUUCGAAAGGUGUCGCCCAGACGGAGCUGGUUCUGCUAGUAUUCUUACGAUUGGUGGAAGAUGUGGCUCUUCUACAGACAAUUGAAAGUAACCAGCGGCGAAAGGAUAUCUACCAGGCGCUGACGUCGAACAUGGCGGAAAUUUUUGACUUCUUUCUGAGGCUGAUUGAAUUGCACGUGGGAGAAUUUCGGAACGCAACGGCCAUCGGGGACAAGCAUAAGGCACUUGGUCAUAGUCGGGUUGUUCAAGUCGCUUUAUUGACUCUGACUGGGUUCGUGGAAUGGGUGUCUAUAAACCACAUAAUGGCUGCCAAUGGAAGAUUAUUGCAAAUUCUGUGCAUUCUACUGGUUGACGUUGAAUUCCAGCAACCUGCAGCUGAAUGUUUGCUGCAUGUAGUAAAUCGCAAAGGGCAGGUCAAGGACCGGAAGCCAUUGUUGAUCCUUUUUGAUGAAGUUCCUGUGAGUCAUUACUAUCGUGCAGCAUUGCAAACGGAGAGAAUGGGAACUGAAUCCUACUAUCAGUUUCUGAAGAAGCUGGUCCAGGUGCUGAUGGGUCUGACUACUCAAUUGACCGGUUUGUGGGGCAAAGAGGAAUGUCAAAUUCCGCGACAAAGUUUGAUCACAUUCCUGGAAACGGUACUCAUCUUCACCCGGCAUUCGAGCUUCACCUUGUCUCACUAUGCCGCCCUGGUUUGGAUGGGCCUGCUGAAACACGAACAAAUUUCGCGGGAUCCGUUGCUGAUGGAGUACAUUCCCAAGUUGAUCGAGCUGUUCGGUCCUAAGAUAAUCAAAGUUUGCUACCCAGCGUCCCGGCCAACGGAGAUUACAAUGCAUCCGGAAACCUUCAUCAGUCUCGACUAUGAUGACGAGGAAGAAUGGUUAAUUUUCUUCGCCCGGGCUAGGACCGAUUUUCUGGAAAUAUUCCGUCAGGCAACGCUCAUGGCACCCCUCGUGACCUUCUCUUACUGUGAACAAUGGCUCAACGCAAGACUACAGAAAGCGCAUUCCGAACGAAAUACGACCUGUAGCGUAACCGAUCCCGUCUACUUGGAAUGGGAAGCCUUGGUUAACGUGCUGGAUGGUGUCCUCUCGCGGAUUCUAAUGGUGACGGAACGUCCCUCCGUUCCUGCAGGGUUACGUUUGCUGGAGGAAUGCCUCAAGGUCGACUCCACGGACCCGUUGAUCUUCUCUGUGCUUUUAUCCUGCAUUUCGUCGCUGUUCGUGUUUCUCAGCAUGUCGUCGUGUCAGAUCACCGCCGCCAAUUGUGUUGCCAUGUCGGGAGUGCAACUGCUUCCGAGAGUUCUGGAUAAGAUCUUUGCCGCGUUGGUAUUCCAACUACCCGGUGCAAACCGCAUCAAUCAAUGCAUCGCCGUGAAGAACCUCCGACGCCAUGCAGCUUCACUGAUGGUCAAAAUAGCUCACAAGUAUCCCCUACUGUUGCUGCCCAUCUUUGACCAAAUCAACACCAGCGUGCAUAAUCUAAUCCGACAACAAGAUCAGCUUAGCAAUGUGGAACAAAUCACCCUGCUUGAGGCUCUUCUUCUGAUUUCAAACCACUUUUGCGACUACGAGCGACAGAGUAAUUUCGUCACGGAAAUUACCCGCGAAGGAGUUUCACUGUGGAUGCAGUUGGCUCCGGUAGUCAGAAAUGCUCACAGCUUUAUCGACUUUGUCGGAUUGAACAAACCCCCGGUGGAACCGAAUUCCGGCAUUCAAGACCCGUGCAACGUCACCAGGGGUCAAAUAGUGUACGCCCUCAAUUUAAUCCUCGGUAUCAUUAAGCGAUGCUCCUGGCCGGAUGAUCCGGAUCGUUGCUCCCGAGGUGGGUUCGUAGUUGCCCUCACCGAGUCAGGAAAUCCAAUCUGUCGGAAUCCGGCCACGUCGCACGUGGUUCCUCUGUUGCCACACAUCCUAGCGUUGAUGCGAGUGCUCAACGAGCUUUGGAAGCCGGAUUCUUUGGGUGCGCUAAAUGCGCACUUCAAAGGUGCUAACGGCAUGCAGGAACACGAGAAGAAACAACUGCUCGGCGUUACUUUGGUCUACCAAGAUCCAAUGGAUCCUACGACAAAGAAACCACCGACGGCAUUCGAUCGGAUGCAGACGUUUCUGUCGUUGAUCUUUGAGCAUUGCUACCACAUGAUGGGAUCUGCCGGACCUUCCCUUGGUCGCGAUCUGUACGCCCUGCCGGGUAUUGCGGAUGCGCUGAUCGGUAGCAUCUUUGCUUCGCUGGAAAACGUGCCGGACUUCCGUCUGCGUACGAUCAUACGCGUCUUCUUCAAACCGUUCGUCUACUCCUGUGCUCCAAUAUUUCACGAAGCGGUCCUACUGCCCAUCUUUGCCCAUAUUGCACCAUUCAUGCUUUCAAGACUGACCGCCCGUUGGCAGUACAUCACGGCACUGUACGAAUCGGGUGAGCUGGGAGAGGACGUCAACGACACUCAGGAGGUGCUGGAGGAUAUGUUGAACCGUACGCUGACGCGGGAGUACAUCGACGUGAUGAAAGUGGCCCUGGUGGGGAGCACGGUGGAUCCGAUGACACCGAAUGCUACCAACGAGGCCAGCAUGGAUCACGAUGACCAGAGUAUGGACGGGCCACCGCAUGCACUGACCCGAGCGGCCCAAACUGCCAUGACUUCGGAUGUGAUUAGCGACUUGGGUACUAAGCUGCUGCGCAACCAGUACACCUGUACGCCAAUCGUGAUGACCGUGCUGAGUGUCAUCACCUGGAACGAUAGCACCUCAAGUCUAAAGGCCGUCUUCCUCAGCGGCCCCAUCAUUCGGUUCCUAGCCUCAGAACAGCUUAUCACUGACACCCUGGCAUCGAACAUCAUCAUUGCCGUCCUCCAAGGACUUCAACUGCACGGACAGCAUGAAUCGAAUCAGGCCGCCCUCAACACCCUGGGUGUGACGGCGUACGAAAUCCUCCGGCCAAAGUUUCCCAAUAUCCUGGAGGUGUUGCAGCAGAUCCCGAACAUCAGCGCGGCGGACAUCCAGAAGCUGGACGAAAAAAUCUCGCUCUCCACAAGCACCAAGGGCAACAAAAUCGACAAAGCCAAAAAAGAUCUGUUCAAGAAAAUCACCUCGCACAUUGCCGGGCGUAGUGUCGGUCAGCAGGGCAAGAAGGAGGUUCGAAUUUUGAACCUCCCGCCGAUCGUACAGCCGAUCGCCGGGGGUCACAACUCGUACAACAAUCUGACCGAUGGUUCACAGGAAACCGGCCUGGCGCAUCUCUUCGUCACUCGGAGCUAGUGUCCGCGAAACUAA